GGGCAACAUCAGGUUUUCUUCAAAGAGGCUCUUCCAUACCAUUCUCAUGACUCAUCAGCCUCGCCUUGCUCGCUCUCGUCCCUCCCCUUUUCUUCAUCUUCAAGCUCAAGACCUUUCGUCUCACUCAGUUGUGAAAGUGUGGUUGGCUAAAUAGUCCUCCUCUUGUAUGAACCCAUGGCGGUGACUCAAGUUCGGCCUUUCCAAACACGAUGGCUGCUUAUCACUCUGUACUUAAUUCUCAAGUAGACUGCAUUGAGAUUGAUGUUUCUCGUUCUUCAGAUGGAGUUCUACUUGCGCUCCAUGACAGCGCAUAUCUGGAAACAAUACUUCUAAGGUGGGACACUCAAGCAUGGAAGAGAUAAAACAUCGUGGUUCCAAUUAUCAAUCUGCAAAGUUCCAGAAUGCAAAUAUUCCUACAAUUGAAGAGGCUCUUAAGGUGGGAUUCAUUGUCAUGAUCGAUCAGUCAACAGGGGUAAGGACCAACUUACUGAGGAUGAGAGAUGCUCGUUUUGUUGGCAUGUUUCAUCCCUUGAUUGAUGAAAAGCUGCAUAGAUCUUCCUACAUUAUUAUUGAUCUUUCAAGACGCGUCUGCUUGGGGAUCAUAUGUGGAGCUUACUCAUCAAAGAAAUCAAACCAAAGCUUCUUUGCUCUGAGGAUUACGCUGGUACAGUUCAUCUAUCUAUUUACUAUCAGCAGGGGAGUCCAUGUUGUGGAAAGUAUUUCUCUACUGUGCAAAGUUGGCGUCUUUGCUCUAUGUAUUAGUAUUAAUGGCUCAAAUCCCAUCAAAGCCAUAACCAGAAUGAUUUCAUCCAAUAGUAGUGCAGCUGCGACUUACUGUCCUGGUAGGAGGCAGAGGCUGUUUGUAAUAGCCGUGGAUUGCGAUGAUCAGAAUGGAAAUGGUACUCAGACGUUUCAGGAAAUUAUAUCGAGUGUCAAGAAAGCAACAAGCCUAGGAUUCGGCCAAGGUCGGGUAGGCUUCGUAUUGUUAACUGGUUCCAGCUUACAGGAGACUUUGAAGGCUUUUAAAGGGUGCCAAGUAAGCAUAGAAGAAUUUGAUGCAAAUAACUAUUGUUUUUGA